CGCCGUAUGAAGCAGUGAUCGAUUCUUCAGCAAAACGACUUUAUCUACUUGUUUUCGCCCGUUCGAGGAGUUUCAACACUCCGGUCCCUGGUCCUCCAUCUGUCGAUCUGAGCGGGGGAGUGCUGCUACGAAUCGUCACCAUGUCAAGCAAGAAGUCGCACAAGACUGCAAGGCCUCGCCCAUCGACCCAGUCAAUCCAAAAGACUGAGAUCCUCAUCAAUGUCUACGAUCUCCUACCACCCGGCCGCAUCUCCAAUACCCUCUGGUUCAUCGGAACCUCCCUCCUCCACUCCGGCGUCGUCAUCAACGGCCGCGAAUACGCCUACGGCGGUCACGCACACCGAGGCAAGACGGGCGUCUACUGGACGGCGCCCCGUACCGAGCCCCCCGGCGGCACCUUCCGGUGUGAGCUCCUGCACGGCUUCACGCUCGCGACACCAGCCGAGAUCGACGCCAUCAUCCGCGAAGUGUCCGAAGAGUUUCUCGGGACCGCCUACAACCUGUUGACAAAAAACUGCAACCACUUCACGUCGCACCUGUGCCAGAAGCUGACGGGGCUUCCAGGGCCGGCAUGGCUGAAUCGCGCCGCCAGCAUCGGCGUGGCUUUACCGUGCGUGGUGCCCAAGGACUGGAUCGAGCCGCCCGAAUAUGAUACGACGGACGGCGAGCUGGUUGAUGACGUUGAUCAUGGCGAUAGUGGGCGUGGAAACAGUGGGCAACAGGGGCAUGGUGGGCGGGACAAGAGAGAGGAGAGGAGGGCGGCGAAAGAUGAAAAAAAGAGAGCUGCGAGGGAGGAAGAUGAAGAGGAGCUGUUGGCGGACGAGCGAUCAAGGAUGUUGAGCAGCUCGGGGGAGUCGCCUACGCUUGUGGAUCUGGGAAGGGAAAGGGACCGCGAACGGGCAACGACAACAUAUAAUAUCGGUAAUGACAAUGAGAGGGGGGGUGAGGGGCAGUAUCGGGAUGAUGAGGGGGAGGCCGAAAGUGGGAAAGGGAAGGGGAAGGCGGCGGCGGUGGCGGUGGCUAGGAGAGAUUCCGCUGGCAGAACGCUACCGCCUGCGGAGAGAGCACCGACUUUUUCUUGAGAUCGAGGUGCUGGGAUGGGAUCACUUCAUUCUUAUUUGGGGCCAGGUUUCUUUUCUCAUUUU